UUAAUCACCAUCUUCCGGUGAAAUUUAAGCUAACAUGUGUGUGGUUUAACGGGAGGCGUUAAGGCGCUGGCAAACCUAGCAACAAAAUAAAAUUUGACCAGCGUAACCUAUGCACCUAAAAUGCCCUGCAAUGGAUUCUUAAAAGAGUGAAGGAAGCAGCGGGUUUGUGUUCAUUAGGUGACGGGCCAGGCUACUUUUCGAGACCCUGCUCCCCGAACAGCAAACGUCUGCGCGGACGCUGGAGAAGCUACAAUGAGCUCGGAACACCAGAGCGACAGCGAGGACGCCGACGAGUCGCGGGACAGGCCCAACGGCGGCACCGUCUCCGACAAAGAGGAAGACCCUGACAUUGACGAUUCGGAUGAGGAAGAUGACAGCGCUCGUAGAGCUUCUCCUUCACCCCCCGCGAGCAGCGAGGGUCUACUGGCUCCUAUCGCGGGGUCUCCCGUAUUGGAGGAGCGAGAGCCCCGCUCCAGACCGGCCGUCGCACCGCUGAAGAAGUGCACUGAUGGUAGCUCCGACACUGGCGGUGGCUCCGACACUGACAGCUUCAGGGGUGCUAGCCUGUUUUCAUGGUUGCAGAGCAGGACUAUAAGACGAGGGGUGUUUGUGGACCCAGCUCGGGAUAACUUCAGGACAAUGACAAGCUUGUACCGCUCUAUGAAUCCGGCUGUAGAGUCUGUUAACCUGAGCACUCAGACCCAUGGAGCCGUGUUCAACCUGGAGUACUCCCCGGACGGGUCUGUGCUGACUGUGGCCUGUGAGCAGACUGAGGUCCUGCUGUUUGAUCCAAUUUCAUCCAGACACAUCAAAACCCUGACGGAGGCCCAUGAGGACUGUGUCAACAACAUAAGGUUUUUGGACAAUCGUUUGUUUGCCACCUGCUCUGACGACACAACAAUUGCAUUAUGGGAUCUGCGCAAGCUUAACUCAAAGGUUUGCUCAUUGCACGGGCAUGCCAGCUGGGUGAAGAACAUCGAGUAUGACACCAACACUCGUCUCCUUGUCACUUCUGGCUUCGAUGGUAAUGUCAUCACAUGGGACACUAACAGGUUUACAGAGGAUGGCUGCCCACACAAAAAGUUCUUCCACACUCGCUACUUAAUGAGGAUGCGCCUGACACCUGACUGUUCCAAGAUGCUCAUUUCUACUUCCUCAGGGUACCUGCUCAUCCUCCAUGACCUGGACCUCACCCAGUCCCUAGAGGUGGGCAGCUACCGAAUGCUACGAGCACGACGGACUCCCCUCAGCUCAGAUGGAGGCACAUCAGCGUCCAGAUCAGCUUGUACUCCUCGCCAGGGAAAUGACUCCAGCAAGCUCCACCCUCAUAGAGAAGGUCUUUCUCCCAGAAACAGUCUGGAGGUGUUAACUCCAGAGAUCCCCGGCGAGAGGGACAGAGGGAACUGCAUCACCUCCCUGCAGCUCCAUCCCAAAGGCUGGGCCACACUCAUCCGAUGCUCCAGCAACAUGGAUGACCAAGAGUGGACGUGUGUGUAUGAGUUCCAGGAGGGAGCACCCACUCGCCCGCCUGUCUCCCCCCGCUGCUCCCUCCGCCUUACCCACUACAUUGAGGAGGCCAACGUGGGGCGGGGCUACAUCAAGGAGCUGUGCUUUAGCCCAGAUGGACGGCUCAUCUGCUCCCCUUACGGCUACGGCGUCCGCCUCCUGGCCUUCGACGAGCGCUGUGGCGAGCUGGUCGACUGCCUGCCCAUCCAGACCAGCUGCCUCAGGGAGAUACGCUCCAUCUACUCGCACAGUGACGUAGUGCUCACCACAAAGUUCUCCCCAACACACUGCCAGCUGGCCUCGGGGUGCCUCAGUGGGCGCGUGGCCCUUUACCAGCCCAAGUUUUAGCAUCCGGUGCUGUUGAAGAAAGAAGUGUUGCAGACCUCAGUGAAGAAGUACUGAUUAGGGUUUCUGCACAGAAAGUCUGAGAAUACAUCAAAGAAGCAUUAAUUUAUUCAUAAUCACACAAAAAUCUAUAAAAACCUUGCAUUGCCCAAGUGUAGUGCAGCUACUUAAUCUCUUUGAUUUUUAGACUUUUGCCAUUAUGUGUUUACAGAUUGUUUAGCUACUGAGAAAUAUGACAUCCUUCUGUAUGUCAGAAACAUUAAAGGAAAAGUUGUCAAAAACUCUAAAAAGGAGAAAAAAAUGUGUAGCAAUCCUGAAUCGGAUUCCCAGCAUCUGUUUGUGUGAAUCUUUUUCCGAUAAUCUAAAGAAACAAAACCCUAAAAGUACUUCUUGACCCAGGUCUGCAGCAGAUAAGCAGGCAAAGUUAGUUUGGAUUGUAGGUGUCAGCUGAUAGCCAUUGACAUGGGAGAAGAACGGAGAAGACUUGAGGUGUGGACCGGUGGCUAGACUGCAGCAGUGGAUGGAAACCUUGCUGACCCUGAACUUUAAGAAGAAAAAAAAAGGCAGUACAACAAGAAAGAUCAGUUGGGUUUUACUUUUCUCCUCGGAGACAGUGGCGCAACGUGGCAUCAGUGAAGGACAAGCUCGUUCUUUUUCAUAUUAAAGAUUCAUUCUCUAUAGCAGUAGAAAACUUUGAUUUUGUUGAGACUCGGCACACCCAGAUGUUGCUGUCUCAGGACAAAAACACUAAGGAUGCAAGCGGACAUGAAUCCUAAAAGGACGAGUAAGAAACCGGCGCUUGCGUCUGUCGCUGGUCGUCUCAAUUCGGCGUCCUCUGCUGCACAUCGUGUUGCUCUCUGCUGCUCUGCUCAUGCCUUUUCUCCACAGGUGCUGCUUCUCUGCUCAUACAAUCUGAACUUUGACCCCUGACUUCAAGUACUUCAGAUACAUUUUCUGUCUCCACCCUGUUUCUGCCUUCAUGGUCUUUGAUAGUUUUUUUUAAGGUGGUUUUAUUGGUGUAUUAAUUAUGGCACUACUUGUAGCACGAUGUUUGAUUCUCACGGUCACUGAAGCUACUUUAGGAGUAGAUACAUUGCAGUCACUUUUCAUCUCCUGUAAGUGGAAACUGCUGAAGUCAGGCUGCUGUCGGUGUCUCAUUUACAGAUUUUUCCACACCCACUCUUUGUAAAAAUGAAAAUGUAGUAGCAGUUAAGUAUUUUUCCCUUAAACAUGGCUGGCAUUAUUAUAGAUUUUCCCCAUAGAGUACGCGGCUCUGGCUUUCCAACCCUGCCUGCAUCUCUCAGCACCUACAUCGUUUCAUCUGAAAAUGCAAAUUUUUAAAAUAUUUUCAUCUGACUUACUUUUUUCUUUUUCACUUUUUUCCCCUCCAGUGUUACUCAAACAGAAUGGUGCACUAAACGUAUUUACGGUUAGCUACAGUAUCUAUGUUCAAAUAGUGAGGCUAACUAAUGUGUUUCUAAUGUUUUCGACAGCAUUGGGGCUGUCAGACAGCUGGAAACAGACAAAUAAGCUGUUUCAUUAAUGCUUGCUGUAGAAUAUUGCCGGCCUUUUUAUUUUAUCAGUGGCAUGUUCACUUUUUGACUGAGAAAGCUUCUUUACCAUUCUUUAUUUAACAUUUGCAAGAUGAAAUUGUGCUUUUUCUACCCCUGAACCUAAGUUUGUUGGUUUUUGGAGAGUGCUAAUCAACUGUUUUGUCACACCUAGUGUUUCACGUUUGCUUGUGUUGGCAUAAAGUUGAUAAGCAAGGCUUUUCUCCUCUUUAAAGGAGCGAAUUGCUUUGACUGUUCUAGUAAGAGCAAUGCUUUUGUGUUUUGUAUAGCUGCUGUAAGCACAUGCCUGAUUGUUACAACUGUAAUGUAUACUGGCUACAGUACAUACUGACUGACUGCAGAGUAGAUAGAAACUUGCUGUUAGGGAAACAAAACAAAAAAAAGACAGAAGCGUAUACUACUAUGCAUACCAGCCUCUUAAGAUAAUUCUUCUUUCUUAUUUAUGUGAGGCUCUGUGUUGAGCCCUUAGAUGCCAAAUGUUUUGUUUCUGUUUUUUAUUUUCAUUUUUUUUACUUGGACUUCUCUGCCGUGAGCUAAAAGUGGGUAUCUAUUUGUGGAUUUGGAAAUAUCUUCUCUUGUUUCACAUUUUGGGAAGUGUCUCAUUCACAUCUGGUGGGGUGUUGAGAUGGAACUACAUUCAUGCCUUUGGUAUUAAAGGGGGCACUGUUGCUUUAUGGAUAUAUUGAACACUCAGUAUUUAGUGGUGUAUAUAUGACAGUGUUUAGAUGCUCUAAAUUCUGAACCUGUGUCUCUAAAUCUUAAUGUUAAAAAAAAAAAAUACUGCAAAUAUAAGAGUGCGGCAGCACCCCCUACAGUCACAAAAUGUUAAAAUGCUAGCUAAUCACUCCAAAUAUUCAGGGUUUUACGGUCAUGUGACCACCAGCUCCACUUGUUUACCAUUCUGGAUGAGUCUUGGACACAAGUUUUGGACACUGUCCUUGACCAUCUGUCAUUUACAAGUUGUGAGGACAGAAUAUGUAUUUUAGGUAGAGGCUGAUGGCAAUACCUGUGAAAUCGAUUGCUAAAAUCCCCAGUUAUGGCUCCACCCCCCCACCCCCCCUACCGUAAAACCCCUCCGUGUAAUUGCUUUGAUUGCUACCAGAUUCCUGUGGUUGCAUGGAGUUUGCAUCGAGCAGCAACUUAUCCACAAACACUCACCAACUAGUCUGACUGCUAGUGAAACCGAGUGCUCACCAAGUAAAAGUGAUUUCAUACCACAAAUGCUCCGUUUUGAAACACUGUGUUUGCAUUUUUCCAACCCAGAAGCUACAUCCAUGUUUUAUACCGUCUGUGCAGCCAACACACUCCAAAACUUUCUGCUUUUGUAGCGUUUCUGGUUUGUUUUGCACGUCUAGUAAAAUGGUAAAUGGCCUGUAUUUAUAUAGCGCUUUACUGGUCCCUAAGGACCCCAAAGCGCUUUACAUAUCCAGUCAUCCACCCAUUCACACACGU